GUCGUGAGGAGGGAGCAGGAAGUCGGGACGUGGCCGCCCAGCUGAGCAGCAGGGGGCGAGGCAGGCGAUGGCGGCCGCGGCGGCGCUCAGUUCAGAGCGGCUAGAGGUUUCCAUUGAUGGUCUGACCCUGAGCCCGGACUCGGAGGAUGCUAGGCCGGGCCAGGCAGACACUAGGCCGCUUCCGCUCGCUGGCAGCCGAGGCGACAGAGUGGGGACUUGCGGUCAGCCGGCACAGGCGAGGGACGAGGCCGGCGGAGACAGCGACGGCGGUGGCGGGCUGAGUCUGGAGCGGCGCUGGGGUUUCGGCCUGGAGGAGUUGUACGGCCUGGCGCUGCGCUUUUUCAAAGAAAAAGAUGGCAAAGCCUUUCAUCCCACCUAUGAAGAAAAACUCAGACUGGUAGCCCUGCAUAAACAGGUUCUGCUGGGACCUUACAAUCCAGAUACCUGCCCUGAAGUUGGAUUCUUUGAUGUACUUGGAAAUGACAGACGGAAAGAAUGGGCUGCGCUUGGCAAUAUGGCAAAGCAAGAAGCCAUGACAGAGUUUGUAAAACUCCUGAAUAGGUGCUGUCAUCUCUUUUCAACAUAUGUUACAUCCCAUAAAAUAGAGAAAGAAGAGCAGGAAAAGAAAAGGAGGGAAGAGGAGGAACGUAGACAACGUGAAGAGGAAGAACGAGAGCGUUUACAAAAGGAGGAAGAGAAACGCAGGCAAGAAGAGGAAGAGAGGCUCAGACGGGAAGAAGAGGAGAGGCGGAGGAUAGAAGAAGAGAGAUUCCGAAUGGAACAGCAAAAACAACAGAUAAUGGCAGCAUUGAACUCUCAGACUGCUGUCCAGUUCCAACAGUAUGCAGCCCAGCAGUACCCAGGCAACUACGAGCAGCAACAGAUCCUAAUUCGCCAGCUCCAGGAGCAGCACUAUCAACAGUACAUGCAGCAACUUUAUCAGGUCCAGCUUGCACAGCAGCAGGCAGCUUUACAGAAACAGCAAGAAGCAGCUGCCACAGCUUUAGUCACAUCAGUAUCAAAGGCAAAGUCAGCCACUGCAGGGCAAAUCUCAUCAGUCAAUGGACAGGCUAAUGCACAUGCAGGCAGCCCUGAAAAAGACCUGGAAAUAGAUGCUUUAGAAGAAGCACUAGAGAAUGGGCCAAAAGAAUCAGUUCCAGUAAUUGCAGCACCUUCCAUGUGGACACGACCCCAGAUUGCUGACUUCAAAGAGAAGAUUCGCCAAGAUGCAGACUCUGUAAUCACAGUGGGCAGAGGAGAAGUAGUGACAGUUCGAGUUCCAACACAUGAAGAGGGCUCUUAUCUUUUCUGGGAGUUUGCUACAGACAAUUAUGACAUUGGUUUUGGGGUAUAUUUUGAAUGGACAGACUCUCCUAACACAGCUGUCAGUGUUCAUGUUAGUGAAUCCAGUGAGGAUGAGGACGAGGAAGAAGAAAAUGCUAGCAGUGAAGAGAAAGCUAAAAAGAAUGCGAACAAGCCUCAGCUGGAUGAAAUAGUGCCUGUGUACAGAAGAGACUGUCAUGAAGAAGUGUAUGCUGGCAGCCAUCAGUACCCCGGGAGAGGAGUCUACCUCCUUAAAUUUGACAACUCCUACUCACUGUGGAGGUCAAAAACAGUUUACUACAGAGUGUAUUAUACUAGAUAAAGCUGUUACGUUGUUGGAGGUUGGGGUGGUGCAGAAGACAUCAUGUUGUUUGGAACUUUCCUCAAGUAUACUGGACUUUUUGACUUCGUUAUCCUGUCUAAUGUAUCUGGGUUGUGUGUGUGUGUGUGUGUGUGUGUGUGUG